AGUUGAGAGAGUUACGUUGUUUUUGUUGUUUUCCUCUCUCGAAUCAUUUUGGGGUUUUUUAUACGUAGAUGAUAAUCAUUCCUAUGUUGAUGUUUUCGAAACCAAGUGUGGAGUAAUGGGUAGUCGUUCCUUUUCCUAAUAAGAAAAGAAAAGAAAAGAAAUAAAGGAAAGACGGUACUGGUUCAAGUAGUUGUUUUAUUUAAUAUUUGCAGCUCUAAGAAAAUAAAAUGGAAGAACAUUGGUCUUCCCCCCUGUCUGUCUGCCUGUCUCUGCCAGUUUCCCUGUCAGUGACGUUUUCUUUCUUAUCUUGUUAUUUUUUUAAAAAAUCUUUUUUUAUCGUUUUUCAUUUUUAGAGCUCAAGGCAUCUCGUGGAGAUUCUUCUUAGUUGAGAUCCAUUUGGAUUUUAUUUUUUUUCAAAGACGAUCAAUUUUUUUUUUUUGGGUUCUUGGGUUGCAGCUUUGUUUGUUUCUGAGCUAUGGAGAGUUUGAAGAUGGGUACUCUUUUAAUAAGCUUUUCCUUUCUUGAUGAGGCCUGAAAAUCAGGAAGGAUAGCAGAGUCAUGAUUUGGGGGUGAAAGCCGUGUUCUUUGGGUUAAUCAGCGAUUUUAUCUGCAAGCAGCUUUUUGCAUAUAAGUACGAGGAAUUGAAACUAUCUUGGAUUUGCUCGCUCUCUUAUGCCUUCAAGUUAAACUCAAUUCUUUUGACUGUGGAAGAAAUGGGUUGUGUAGCAUCAAAGAUUCAAAAGGAAGAGAGGGUGCAAAUUUGCAAGGAGAGAAAGAGGCUAAUGAAACAAUUGGUAGUUUUUCGAGGAGAAUUUGCAGAUGCCCAAUUGGCUUAUUUGAGAGCACUGAAGAAUACUGGUGCAACUCUUAGACAAUUCACUGAAUCAGAGUCAUUAGACUUUGAAAAUACCUAUUAUGGCCAGACAUUGCCUCCUUCCCCUCCUCUUCCUCUACCUCCUUCCCCUCCACCUCCUCCUUUCAGCCCUGAUUUAAGGGGGUCCAUUGAUAAUCAGAAAGAAGAAAUUGAUCAAGAAGAAAGCAUAAAAAUUGAUGAGGAUGAUUGUUAUACUCCACCACCUUCAAUUAAUAGUUCCUCAUUGAAUAUUUGGGAAUCAGACUCCUUUGAGCGGCCUUCUCCACAACAUCAAGAGAAGAACAAAAUGGUGGAACCAUCAGUAGAUGAGGAAAAUUGGGCAGAGGCUAAGGCAGAAUUUGAGGAAGAAGAUCGGGAAGAGGAGUAUGUUGGGAAUGUUCUUUCUAAUUCACUUACCCAGAUGCAGCAGCGACGGCAGCCUGUAAUAUGGAUUGAUGAUGACUCAUCGAUGGUGAGCUGUUGUACUAAAGAUACUGCAGACAUGGCUAUGGUACAGUGGAGGAGCAAGAAGACCUUGGAGGGCAUUGUUAAGGAGUUAGAUGAUUAUUUCCUUAAAGCAUCAGCUGGUGGAAAGGAAAUAGCUGUUCUUAUGGAUAUUUCCAAAGGGGACACUCCUCUGCAUCAGAUUUCCAAAGAAAACAAAAGGAAAAGGAGUAAUUCUGCCAAGGUCUUCAGUGCACUGUCAUGGAGUUGGUCUUCUAAGUCGCUUCAGUUUGCAAAACAUGCUACUCAGGUUUAUAAUCCCAGUGAACCAUGCAAACCUGGAGCUCAUUGCAUCACACUUGACAAACUUUAUGCUGCAGAGCAGAAACUUUACAAGGAAGUGAAAGAAGAAGAAAUGACCAAAAUAGAGCAUGAGAAAAAAUCCAUGUUACUUCUAAAACAACAAGAAGAAAACCUUGACUGGACUAAGACUGAAAAAACUCGACUGAGUGUCGAGGGUUUGGAAGCUGAUAUCAGAUGCCUGCAGCAUUCAAUAAGUAAUACUUGUUCAUCUAUAUUGCAACUCAUUGAUGUGGAGCUGUACCCUCAACUUGUUACAUUAACUUCCGGGCUGAAAAAUAUGUGGAGAACUAUGUAUGAAUGCCAUCAAGUUCAGAACCAUAUAUCUCUGCAAUUGAAUCAUCUCACUGAUAGUCAAGGAAUAGACUUGACUACCAACUAUCAUCGCCAGGCCACAACUCAGGCUCAGCUUGAAACUGAGGUCACCUCCUGGUACCUUAACUUCUGCAAACUGGUAAAAUCUCAGCAGGAGUAUGUAAGAACUCUCUGUAGGUGGAUCAAGCUCACUGACUGCCUUGUAGAUGGCAAUCAACAUAGUAGUUGCUCGUCUGCAGUUCGUAGUCUGUGUGAAGAGUGGCAGCUUGUCUUUGAUAGAUUACCCGAUAAGAUAGCCUCAGAGGCCAUUAAAAGCUUUUUGGAUGCCAUCCAAAUGAUAAUGCUGCAGCAGACAGAGGAACACAACCUACACAAAAAAUCUGAUAAACUGGAGAGAAGAUUUCAGAAGGAGUUAAUCUCCCUUGCUGAAAUGGAGAAAAAGGUUAAUUGGAGUUCUACUGAUGGAGAUAUGCAAUCUGAUUUGAGCCCUAAAAAUCCCUUGUCGCUUAAGCUUGCCAAAACUGAAGCCUUAAAGAAACGGCUAGACUCCGAGAAGACUAAAUAUUUGAACUCAGUCCAGGUUACCAGAGUCAUGACUCUAAACAAACUGCAAACAGGCCUCCCUAAUGUAUUCCAGGCAUUAAUGGGAUUUUCAAGUGCUUCUGCUCAGGCCUUUGAGGCUGUUCACAGCCAUGGCAGACCAGCAGUUGAUUGUGAUGCAUCAGAAAGCUCAAUGAGCUAAAUUUGUUAGAAAGAGUGAGAUGAAGUGGGAACUAGGUACACGCUUUGAAAAUCCAUUUGGUCAAUAUAUAAGCCAUAGGUGCAAGUUUUUUGUGAUAUUCAAGGAUGCAGAUCAAACUACAACAAAAUUUAAAAUUUGUUUAUAGUGGCGGAUGUUAUUGAUUCAAUCAAUUAUACUGGACACGGUACAGUUGCCAGUUGCUGUAAUGUCAAUGUAAUGAAGUCCUACACUUGAGAAGCACAGCUCCUGCAAAUUGCAUUCAA